AUGACUCCGCCGACGACUCCUUCGACACUGUCCCAUACCCUGCCCGCUAAGCCAUUCGAGAGCAAGUUGAGCGAGCAACUCUCGCAGAGCCAGAGUGCUGACGCUGGGACGGGCAAUACUACGGAUAACAUCAGGAACAACACCAAUAAUCAACUUGGCGGACCUCUCUUGGGUUCACCCAGAUUACACUCGUUGCCAGAUGUGCCCAAACCGGUUUCAAUUUCUCAGCAACAGUCGGUUUCGGGUGAAUCGAGCACCGUCCAUUCAGCUUCCAGCAAAGAUGACAGUUCACUUUCAUCCACUCCAGCCACACCACAGCGCCCACCUUUGAAUCCACACAAUCUAGCGUUGAACCUUCCUCCCAGACUCUCCGGUUCCCCCGCUACGGCCCAUCGUGCACCGCUCUCUCCGAAGCUCGACUCUUCGCAGAUCUACAGUUCGAGAUACGGAUCCCCCGGAUCAGUUCUUCCUCGACGAUCCCGGGGUCUUGAUUUCUCGCGUGCCUGUACGAAUUUACACCACUCUACCCUUGCAGAGUCUUCGCCGGAGUCGUCGCCUACCAUUGGUGCUCGGGGAGUGGCGAUUCCACAACGUCGUAGUUCCCCUAGCACAGCAUCUGCAGCGCCAUUUUCGACGUCUGGACCAGUUGAUCGGACAGGAGUUUCCAGCUCGGUAUCCAGUGUGAAUAUGAUGGAUUCGGAUACAAGUACCAGCGAUGAGGAAGACGAUGAGCCGAUGGGAGGGGAUAAGGAUGACAUGAUGCUCAGCACACCACAGGCGAACAAGACGGGAACCGGGCCGAGUCCUUUUGCUGUUGGGAAUGUACCAAGCCCAGGAAACGACUGGAUGGGCGGCUAUUCACACGCUGCAGCGAGCCUUCUGAGCUUCCAGCGAGCUCGUUUCCGCAAGGGACGCAGUAGGACUCGACACAGUUCUAGCAGUGCAAGUGGAAGUUCCAAGCAGAGCCCUGGGCCGCUUUCCCCGCCUGUGAUGAAGAGCAUUGAGAAUCCGCACGGAGGUUAUUUUGGGGGAUCGAAACAUGGAGUGCAACCUCGGCGUGAGAGUUUGAGCAUGGGUACUCGCGAUCUGCGUCUGUCUGAUCUCAGUGAUGACGGAGAACGUGCUCGAAGUCGCAGUCCUGCCCGUGGUGAUGGAGGACCACUUGGGGUUAUUCGACGUGCUGUCACACGGCGAGGUAGUUUACUGCCGAAAACGAAAACAUUUGCUCGCAUUCGGGCCGCUCUCAUUGAAGAGUCUUCUCCUCUUGAUAGCGAGUCAAAACGAGAAUCAGAAGUGAUACGGCAGGUCCGCGAGAGUGACCCGGCACCACAAAAGUCACCGGAUCUGAACUCAUCAUUCCCUCCACAACCAACCGAAUCAGAAAGGACAUUGCCUGGUGCGGACGACACCCCUUCAAAAACUACCACUCGACUUGAGAACCCGUUUAACGAACAAUUCACUCGUAUCUCUGAAAGUACGGGAUACUGGAACUCGCUUGAUGAUCGCUACCGCACACCACCCCCAACUAUACGCCCGACAGGUCCUCCAUCGGUUUCAGAAGAUGACUUGGCAAUGGACAUGACGCCAUCUACAUCGACCUUUGAAUUUGCCAAGCCUUUUGAACGGCCCUGUUCACGAGGCUCGCUAGCGCAACCUACUGCCAUGCAAGAAUUCAAACGAAAGCGCGGUCGCGAGGACGACUUCGAUCCGAACCUAUUCAAACGACGGGCAGUUUCGCCCAGCAUGAGUGCCCAGAGCAGCCCGGUUAUGCCCAAUUCGCCAGCGAUGAGGGACACGGGUCCUAAUAUCUGGGGUCCGCCGCCCAAGUCUAAUCUCGGCUCACUCUUCCCGGACAGUAACCCUCGCAAUAGUAAUAGCCCACAUACGGGGACCUUGAAGCGAGUUGGGUUGCAGGGUAUGACUGAGGCCAAUGACUCGCUUAUGAACAUGAGCAUUGAAUAG